AGGAUAAGUUGAACAAAAAUACUUCUAAAUAAUAGACAUUGCGCUAGGACAAUCGCCCUUCGCGUAGUAUUUUCAUAUUAGACCCGACCACCUAAAUAGUAGAUAUUCUCAAUACCCAUCUGCACUCUUAAUUUUUAAUUGGUGAAUCAGAAUUAGAACCGUUUUGUUUAAAGCAAAAAAUUUGAACUAAAGUGAUGAUGGCAACAGCCGUAGGAACAACAUUCGACAUCAUAAUCUUAGGAGCAUCAGGUUUCACCGGAAAACAUGUUCUCAAAGAAUCUCUCAAGUUCCUCAACAACAACAACAAUCUUAACUCCAUAGCCAUAGCUGGUCGAAACGCAACAAAACUAACCCAAACCCUUCAAUGGGCAGCUCGACCCGACCCACCACCUUCAAUCCCCAUUCUCAUCGCCGACACAACCGACCCACUUUCCCUCCGUUCACUCUGCCUCAAAACCCGUCUCAUACUCAACUGCGUCGGUCCCUUUCGCCUUCACGGCGAGCCCGUCGUCGCCGCAUGUGUCCAAACGGGUUGUGAUUACUUGGAUAUAACGGGCGAGGCUGAGUUUAUGGAUCGAGUUGAAAUUCGGUAUCAUGAAACAAGUGUAAAGAAUGGUUCUUUGAUUGUUUCUGCUUGUGGGUUUGACUCUGUUCCUGCUGAGAUGGGUUUGUUGUUUCAUUUGAAGCAGUGGGUUGGUGGUUGUUUGCCGAAUAAGGUUGAGGGUUUUUUGAGUGUUGAGUCAGAGAAGAGGGUUGUUGGUAAUUUUGGUACUUUUGAAUCUGCCGUUUUAGCUGUUGCUGAUUUGAAGAAGAUGAGACAAAGAAGGGAUGCACAUGCAAUCAAAAGACCAAAGCCUGUGAUUCCAGGUCCCCUUCCUAAAGGAGAAAUAAUAGAACGCCAGAAGAAAAUUGGUCUUUGGGGAAUAACACUACCUUCAGCAGAUGCAACCGUUGUUGGAAAAACAUUUUCGGUUCUAACAGAAAACCCUGAAGGUCUCCCAGGAUUGAAUGAGAGUCCCAAGACUGUUGAGAAGAGGAAAGUCUUUUGGUCAUCUGUGAGGCCGGUACAUUUUGGUGUGAAGAUAGGCUCAAAAUCUCUGUUAGGAAUUUUCGCAUACAUCACUUUUGGAAUAAUCCUAGGUCUUUUUGGAAGUAUCAGUCUUGGAAGAUGGCUUCUUUUGAAAUAUCCUUCAAUUUUUAGCCUAGGUGGUUUUAGCAAGCAGGGUCCUUCUGAAGAAGAAGUGAAAAGUGCUUCAUUUAAGAUGUGGUUUGUUGGACAUGGUUUUAGCAGUGAGAGUCUUGCUGCAAAAGCAGACUCAAAACCUGACAUGGAAGUUAUAACAAGAAUAACCGGACCCGAAAUGGGUUAUGUAACCACGCCAAUAAUUCUAAUUCAGUGUGCUCUUAUACUUCUUAGCCAAAGAAAUAAUCUACCAAAGGGAGGAGUUUACACUCCAGGCAUUGUAUUUGGUUCAACCGAUCUUCAAGAAAGACUUCAACAAAAUGGAAUAUCUUUUGAUGUCAUCUCGAAAAGCAAGCUAUCUUCUUGACUUGUGCAGCUCAUUACUGGUUGGAAGAUAAUAAAAAUGAACUGGUGUCUUUUGAGAACACUGAUUUGUAAUCAAGCAAGGAGAGAUGCUAUUUUUUGUUUACGUUUUGUAAGGAAAUACUGUAGUUGUAACAUUAUUUGUUAUGCUUGAACUUGUAUCGGUUUAUAUGACAUCGCAGUGAGUGAUUUGUAACCAGCAGCAAGACUGUUACCAGUGGAAGUUAGCAGAGAAAUAACAGUAAUAUCUAAAUUGGUCGUUGAAAUUGUAGGAUCAUAUAUAUCUAUCCAAUCUCUCACAUUACUGAGAUUCCAAAA